UAAAGACAAGCGAAAGAUAAAAGGAACUAGAACGUGCGCUAGACAAGGCAGAGGUCCAGCAGAGGUACACUACGUACUAGCGGUGAAGCAUGAAUUGAAACUACAGGAAGUAGGAAUAAAAAUAAUGGUACUAGUACAGAAUGAACGUAAACCAGUAUGAGAUAGUACAUCGGAAGUAAAUGACGAAAGCGUUACAGGCCAGGACCUCCCAAAUAGCACGAUGGCCUCCAAGUAUUUUCAGAUUAGCGGCAUCAGCGCCGUCGGAUUCGACGACCAUGUGGGUUGUAGCGACACCAGAGCUGCUGGCGUUCCGCACGGCACCGCACUUGGCAGCGAUCAUCAAAGCGCCUUGCACCAGGGAAUUUUCCGUGUCUCUGAAUCGCAGCUCGGAUGGCGUAGCGGAGGUAUUGUAGGGAGUAGUGGAGGCGGCGGGUCGUCUUCAUCUAGAUCCUCUAGGGCUGGCGGUGAGGAAGACCACCGUGAUGAAUCGACAGGAGGCGUUGGUGGUGAUUCAAGUAGCGCAGCUACCCCGCCCACGCAGCUCUCUGCCGCGAUCGUGUUGGAUGUUUGCGACGUCAUCGCGGCAAUAUGGACGGGGGGACCGGAAAGGCAGCUGGAUCUCUACCAGAAACAGCCAACACACAGUUCGAAUCCCUACAUGCCCUGGAAAAGGAAACACCAGAACAAGGAGACACGUCUUAGUUUUCGGGGAUUCACGAAAGAGUAUUUUUUCGACUUGGUUUGGAAAGUUUUGUAUUCCCGUAACAAACUCUGAAACUGCAUUGUGGAAUGAAGUUGAAUGACUGCUUGCAUGGCUGACAAGAGAUUCUUUGAAAAGGAAAGUCCGAACUGACACUAUUUAUUUGCAAACUUACAACUCGAGCAAAUUUCUUUUUACCACAGGAGCAUUGAAGAUUUAGCGUUUUUGCUCGCAGCGUGGUGCAACAUCACGCUUCGGCACCCGGACAUGACCGCCGUGGUGCACUUUCUGUCCCCCGCCCAGCAACACGGCGCGAGGCAGGACCGUGGCGUUCUCAAGGAAGGGUGGGUUUACAAGCGGAGUCGGUUUCUCGGCGUUUGGCGCAAGCGGUGGUUUGUGCUGUGCCUGGACGGGACGCUGUGCAGCUUCGAGAGCCCCCACAACCUGAUUACGCAGAGUCCGACGGAGACCUGGCCAAUUCAGGAGAUCGCGGAUGUGUACUACGUCUUGCCACCGAACAGGUGUAGCAGCAGUGGUGGGGCGGGGCGUGUAACAGGGCAGGACGAUACCAUCAUGUUGGAGGUCGGAGUUGGACCACAAGCGAAAAACCCUCGAGCACAUCCGUCUCAGCGAGAAGGGAAUGCAGUGCAAGAAGAAGUAGAACCUCCUUUAGAAGGAGUAUUGCGUUUAUCGCCACCGAAGCCAAAAACCGCACAACUUUUGUCCGUGCCCAUAGGCCGUCAAAUGCUCGGUGCUACUAGUCCAGCGCUGCGUCAUUCUCCGCAGCUCGAGCUCUCUCCCGCGACAACAAAAACUUGCUUCUCGCCCGACCCGUACGCCGCGUCAAGGCAGAAGCAGCUCGAGGCCGGAACAAGCCAAGCUGCGCACCGCCGUGCCUCCUUACCGGUGCCGCUCGAAAGGGUGCAAGGCAAUAGAGCCGCUCUUUCUGGGAAAAGUGAAGGGAAGCAUGCGUUUUCUGCAGAACACGAUGAUGUUUCCGUGAGUAAAGAAGAAACGGAAGAUGAAGACCUCCGAAGUGGGAAUCUUCAAGCAGCCUCAGCAACAGAUGCCCAUUCCUCGUCGAGUUCCACCGCGCGCACGGCGAGCCGGCGGCCCUGGGACUGCUUGCAGCAAGCCGGGAGGGUGUUGACGUUUUCGUCCAGGACUGCGGACAGCACAACGGCGAGAAGCGGCACGCUAGUAGCAGCAGAGGAAGAAACCAAAACAGAAGCUGGCGUCCCGGAGUUGGUGAUCCGUACCCGCGGCGGCCGGUGUAUCCGCGUCACGCCGCUGGACGACCGGUUCUACGACAAUAACGGUAUCAAGGACGAAGAACAAGAAAUAGGCGAAAAAUCUACAACAGGCAAUGACGGGAUCACAUUGCAGGCGCCAGCUUCAUCUCGCAGCGUGGCCGCAGCGAGAAGCAGCGCGGUCACGGAGGAUCCGACAGCACGGCCACUGUGCGACGAGGACGUGCAGGUGGACGAAGGCUUGGAUUGGGUGCAGGCGAUCCGCUUGGCGUCCGAGCAAUACGAGCGCAGACGGCCCAUCGUGCCGACGCCGUUUCAGGUCCGCGCGUGCUCCCCGCUAAUGGUGGAAGAGAGCAGCGCCGCGCUCGGCGGCGCGGGAUCGGCGACCACAGGUGGGGACGAAAACAAUUUCACAACGCUCGGCCUGUUCUCCAGCUCCAUCGCCAGCACCGGCGCGAAGGCCGCGUGCUUGGUGAAGCGGGGGUGGGAAAAAGCGACGUUGCUUCCAGGUCGAAUCAGUGCGAGUUUCGGGACGGGGGGGAGCAAUGCGCCUACGGAGGGAACACGCUGCACUGGAGCUCCUCCAGAUGGUGCAGGACCACUGGUUGUACCAGCGGAGCAGCAACAAGCUGCCGGAGUUGCAGCCGACGAGGUACUAUGGAACGCAUCGGCGAGAAUCUCCACGUCCUCCACGCCGCCAGCUCAACCGGGCUAUGGGAGGGGGAUGCCGCUCACUGGACAGGAAGGCGAGGCAGGAGGACAGCGGCCUGUUGACCAGCAUCAGCCUGAUAACUUGCACUACAACAAUCCUUACAGUGGUCACUACCAGGAAGAGUGCUACUACGAAGACGGAGCAGAGCUGCAAGUUGAGGACCGCUUGAUCAUGAACCAGGGCUGGUACAGUAACGACCAAGCGCAGGGGUACUACAACAGCGACGGCAAUCACCAGCCACAGCAGCCGAACUAUCCCUUGCCUAAUGCAGAUCUAAUACACGACGACCACGAGAUGAACGACCCCGCCUACAGCCGAGACGGUCCUCGGCAACUACAUCAUCCUUACGGUACCCACCACGACCCCGCGGACCUUUCCCAGAGUGUAAUCAGCACUGCGGCCUCGUCUCGUGGUCCCGAGCACAGUGGGAAGUACUGCUCCCCGUUGGAGGACGUGUCGCUCGGCGCGGGGGGCCAGGGCGCCGGUGGGGAGAGAUCCAACGUUUCGUCGAAGGAGCACCCGGCAAACACGAACAUAGUCUACGAAACGCGGAAGAGCCAGUGGGCAAAGCGGCGGAACUCGUGGGACUACGCCGGUGGGGAGGUAACCGCGACGCCAAGAUUCCAAGGUGACCACACUAAAUCCCGACCAGUUCGGAAAUCGCUCUCACAUCGAGGGGACCACUACUAAUCAAUCGCUUUCUGCUGGAGAGGAAAAGGCGUGCAUUUUCUUCUGUGAGACAAUUAUGAAUCAUUCUCCCGUCGUGCUGCUGUUGAUGCGGCGAGAGCAGAUGUAGUGACCCACAAAAUGAACACGGCACGUAUUAAUCUGCGGGAUCAAGAG